AUGACGGCCAUGAUAGGCGAUGCAAGCAAUCAGCUCAAUCAAAAGUACCACACUUUGCGUCUAUCAUUCCCAAGUGAAUGGGUUUUGCAUGUGGAGCUGGCCCGAACAAAACAGCUGAAUACUAUGGACAUGCAGUUUUUUGUAGAUGUCAAGACUGUCUUUGAAGCUGUUUUGAAUAGUAGUUCUGUCCGUGCUGUGAUCUGGAUAAUACAAAGACUAAUGCAUUUCUGGGUUCUAGUCAAAGCUGCUCAAAUGUUUCCUCAGCAGACAGAGGAUCCAGCUCGUACAGCUCUCGGAUUUCUUCCUGCAGUCGAGUUCUUGCAGCAGUCAUUCUCUGCCAUUGAAGCAUGCAACAAACCGAUCAUUGCUGCUAUCCAUGGCGCUUGUAUUGGUGGAGGAAUGGAUAUGAUUACUGCAUGCGAUAUCCGAUGGUGCUCUAAAGAUGCACUAUUUUCAGUAAAAGAAGUCGAUAUUGGCAUCGCAGCGGAUUUGGGAACACUUCAAAGACUGCCCAAGAUUGUUGGGAACGACGGUUGGGCUCGUGAGAUCUGUUUCACUGGGCGGAUGGUAUCUUCCAGCGAAGCCCUUCAAUUUGGUCUUGUGAGUCGUGUAUUUGACGAUAAAAAUAAGCUAUUGAGUGCAGCAUUUGAGCUAGCCAGUGAAAUUUCAGCCAAAGCUCCUAUUGCAAUAUAUGGAACAAAACAUAUAAUGAAUCAUGGGCGAGAGCAUACUACGGAGGAGGGGCUCAAAUACGUUCGUUUAUGGAACUCUGUUAUGAUUAAUACACCAGAUACAAUGGCUCAAGUCACAUCUGCCGUGACAAAGUCCAAGCCACCACUUUUCCCAAAACUUUAG